CUUUUGAGGCAUUCUGAAUUUUUCUAACUUCAAAGAUUUCUCGAGUGUGUGAAACUUGGAAGAGAUAUGAUUGCUGAGUUGAAAAUUAAAAGCUGCGCAGUGUGCCCGUGAACUAGAUUGAAGUAACUGUUGAGUUUCUGAUUGAAGUGACUGAUGAAAUUCAAAAUGGAAGAACAGAAGAAAUUCACGAAGUAGAUUGUUUAGUAAUUCUUGAUGGGGCUUAUCUAUUUUCAAGUCUGCUAGUUGUAGUUUGUCAGAAGAUUAGUGGGACCAUUAGCUGCGAUUGAUCAAUCUCUGCAACUAAUAGGAAUAUUAAGAAAGGUCUGGUGGACGGUGGUGGUGUACAGCAUAUGCAAUAGUGUGAAAGAGCAGCUCAACUUGCAUAUUAGUAAUGGUGGAGGUGUGGUGGUCUCUGUUGGGGGCUGCAAUCCCGGCUGUCAUUGCAGGACAAGCUUUUAGAGUGAAGAAAAGGCAUGCUGAAGAGCAGAGGCUGAAAAGUGCAAGGGGAAGGGAGAAGAGUUCUGAUGACAUUUUUGUGUGUGAGCGGGUUUGCACGUCAAAGAGGAUGCUGAAGAAGGUCGGCUCGUUCUCGAAAGACCCCAUUCCUGAUACUUGUGUUACUGUCUGUGGUGUCUCUGAGCUUGAUGCAUGUGCUGAUGCCUGUGCUCGUACUGUGUGUGUUAACCAACAUCAAGUACCUAAUUGGAAUGACAUAUGCCUUCGGAGGUGCCAGAGUGAAUGCCUAAAACUAUCUGAAUCUCAUUCUUCCUAGGAAUUUGCAUGCAGAGAAGUAUGUGUUGAUAUUCUGAUUCGAGAUUCCGAGUUUUGGAAUGGUUGUUGAUGUCUUUUGGCAUCGUGGUAACUCCAUUUUUAGUAUCAUUGCUAAAUGCUAAAUGCUUGUAGAUGGGUGAGCUUAUUCUGCAUUAUUCAGAACUAUGGUCCUCAGAGAAUACUGAGACAAUUAGACAAAGAACAGAUGCUUUUUCGGCAGUGUAUCCUUUCGCAAUCAACUUCUCUUCUCAUGUUUGAUCA